AUGUACAAAAAUUAUUUAGUAUUUACUGGAUGCACAGAUGGCAUAGGGCGCGCAUACUUGGAAGAACUUGUCUCUACUAAAAAUAUUAAAAAUCUUUAUUUAAUUGGGAGAAAUAAAACGAAACUAGCUGCCUUAACCAAACAUUUUGAGGGAGAAUAUGGUUGCCAGGUUCGAACAGCCGUUUUUGAUUUUGAAAAGGAUCCGUUGGAGGAUUUGCCUGCCGAGUUGAAAAGAAUGAAUGUUGGAAUUCUCGUUAAUAGUGUUGGUAUUGCACCAGAACAGGUUGAUACUGUAGUAGAUCAGCCCGAAGGUUUAUCCUCGAAAAUUUUGAAAGUUAACUUGCUCUCCAUUGUCAAAAUGAUUGAAUUAAUUUUGCCUGGAAUGGUUGAACGUGAUUGUGGGAUUAUAGUUAAUAUAUCUUCUAUAAUGGUUAAAUAA